CCUCCAGAUUAUUUGACCUGAUCUCGACUCGCUCAGUUGCCAAUGAGCGAUCUCGAGCAAACAUGCGCGUCUUUGCGCGCCCAGAUCGCGGCCACUGAAGAACAACUUGCAGGUUUGAAACAUGAGCUCCAAAUCGCAGAAGAGGCUGCCGCGAGAUCUAAAGCUCAGGCUGUGGAGGACGAUGAAGCAGCUUCUGGGAGGCGGUGGCCCCUACUGGACGAAGAGUAUCGGCGCUAUGGGAGACAGAUGAUUGUACCGCAGUUAGGCAUCCAAGGCCAACUGCUACUCAAAUUGGCAAAGGUUUUGAUCGUGGGUGCUGGUGGAUUAGGAUGUCCAGCAGCAUUGUAUCUCGCGGGAGCUGGUGUCGGCACUCUGGGGCUGGUCGAUGGGGAUACGGUGGAAUCGUCGAAUCUCCAUCGUCAGGUUUUACACAGGACCAAGAACGUCGGGAAGCCGAAGGUGGAUAGUGCGAUUGAGUACUUGCAGGAGCUGAACCCCCACCCCAAGUACAUCGCUCACAGGGAACAUCUAUCACCUGAAGCCGCCCCAGAUAUCUUCAGCAAUUACGAUCUGAUUCUCGAUUGUACCGAUAACCCUGCGACUCGAUAUCUCAUUUCGGAUACUGCAGUGCUUCUGGGUAAACCUUUGGUGUCAGCAUCUGCCCUGCGCACUGAAGGUCAGCUUAUGGUGUUGAACAACCCUCCCCGGCCCGCAGGCGAUAAGACUGGAGGCCCUUGCUACCGUUGUGUGUUUCCUAAGCCGCCACCGGCGAACACAGUUACGAGCUGCGCGGAUGGGGGCAUCCUCGGCCCCGUGGUUGGUACAAUGGGCGUUUUGCAGGCGUUGGAAGCUAUCAAGGUCAUUACGGCAGAAGAAACGAGGGCACCUACUCCACCCUCUUUGCAUAUCUUCUCGGCGUAUUCUACACCUCUCUUCCGCACGAUAAAACUACGCUCCCGUCGCCGCAAUUGCGCGGUGUGCUCUGCUGAGGCCAGCGUGACGGUCGAUACUGUACGCUCGGGGUCUACCGAUUAUGUCUUCUUCUGUGGGACGGCGGACCCAGAGAACUUACUCACGCCAGAGGAACGUAUCACGCCGCUGGAGUAUUGCAGGAAAUACCGUGGUAGGGGGGAGAAGGAGCCAACUAUCAUCGAUGUGAGAGAGGAGGUCCAGUUCGACAUCUGUAGUCUGGAAAAUAGCAUCAACAUUCCGAUGUCCACGAUCUUAGCUUCUACCUUCAGCUCGCCGGAUAGUGGAGAUUCUUCGGCUAAUGGAGUGCCCGGGUUGCCCUCAUGGGUGCCAUCGGACGUGGCUUCAUCGCAGUCCACUGAUCCGGUUUAUGUGGUUUGUCGACUAGGCAACGACUCUCAGGUCGCUGUGAAGAGGCUAAAGGAACUGGGCUUGGGCCGGGGGGGACAGAGGGUAGUGGCUGACAUUCGAGGGGGAUUUCGCGCUUGGAAAGAACAGGUUGAUCCUGAAUGGCCGGAAUAUUAGAUCCUCGGUAGACUUAUAUGUAGCCGUCAAUGCAUCGAAUGCCUAGC